GCUGAGGCGGCGUCCGGGAGUUGUCUUCUGGAAAGGUUGCCUGGCGUUGUCCAACAUGGAGGAGGCACCCGCCGCGGGCGUCACCUGCGAGCGAGACUGAUCCUCACCCGUCAUUGUGGGCAGCGACGCCGGGCCCUGAGCCGCGGGGACUCCGCUGCCGGCACGCCCCGCGGCGGACCCCCGGCUUCCUGACUGGGACGCGGCGCAGGGAGGAAGCGCGGCGGCCCCGAGUCUCCCCGAGCCAUGGGCAAUGAGGCGAGCUUGGAAGGGGAAGGGCUCCCCGAAGGGCUGGCGGCAGCGGCUGCGGCGGCCGCCGGAGGAGGGGCUGGCGGGGCGGGGAGCCCCUUGCCCACCGUGAUUCCAGCCGGGAUGGAGGCAGAUCUGAGCCAGCUGAGCGAAGAGGAGAGGAGACAGAUCGCCGCUGUCAUGUCAAGGGCGCAGGGUCUGCCCAAGGGAAGCGUUCCCGUGGCCGCUGCGGAGCCGCCUUCCUUGCACAGGAAACAAGAGUUGGAUAGUAGUCACCCUUCAAAGCCACCAGGAAAACCGCCAGACCCUGGGCGUCCAGCUCAGCCUGGUCUCAGUAAAAGUAGAACUACAGACACUUUGAGGUCAGAGCAAAAAUUGCCUGGAAGGAGUCCUUCCACUAUUAGUUUGAAAGAAUCAAAGUCUAGAACUGAUUUUAAGGAAGAGCACAAGUCCAGUAUGAUGCCUGGCUUCCUCUCAGAAGUUAACCCUUUAAGUGCUGUCUCCUCUGUUGUAAAUAAGUUCAAUCCUUUUGAUUUGAUAUCAGACUCUGAUGCAUCCCAGGAAGAAACCGCCAAGAAACAAAGAGUAGCUCAGAAGGAACAAGGAAAACCUGAAGGAAUCACAAAGCCUCCAUCACAACAGUCACCCAAGUCAACUCCUAAGCAGCAAGGACCUAUAAGCACCCCACCUCAGCAGGAUGGCUCUCCCAAAUCAGUAUCUUCACAGCAACCAGAAAAAAUGAAAUCACAACCUCCAGGGACUGGAAAGCCAAUUCAGGGGCUUACCCAGGCUCCUCAAACAGAUCAGACAAAAUUACCACUUCAAAGAGAUGCAACUAGGCCUCAGACUAAACAGGUAGACACAGUCAAGGGAGAAUCAGUCAAACCCUCACUGCAAAGCCAAUCCAAGCCACCGCCUCAACAAGCAAGUCCUGGAAAACCUCCAGCCCAGCAUCCUGGACCUGAAAAACUUCCCAUGCCACAGCCUGGACCUGCAAAACCCUCAGCUCAGCAAGCAGGGCCAGCGAAGGCCCUAGCUCAGCCUGGGACAGCAAAGCCCUCAGCUCAGCAGCUGACAAAACCCCCAGCCCAGCCACCAGGGACAGCAAAACCUGCAGCUCAGCAGCCUGGGCCAAAGUCUUCAGCUCAGCCUCCAGGACCAACAAAGCCGCCAGCCCAAUACGUAGGGACACCAAAAUCGCCAGCUCAGCAACCUGGGCCUGUGAAGACUCCAGCACAGCAGGCUGGGCCAGUAAAGUCUCUGGCUCAGCAGCCUGGGCCAGGAAAGACUCCUACUCAGCAGCCAGGCCCAACAAAGCCACCUGCUCAACAGCCUGGCCCAGGAAAAUCCUCAGCACAACAACCUGGCCUAGCAAAACCCUCUGCUCAACAGCCUGGCCCAGCAAAGCCCCCACCUCAGCAGCCUGGCCCAGCAAAGCCCCCAUCUCAACAGCCUGGCCCAGCAAAGCCCUCAGCUCAGCAAUCUACAGAACCAGUAAGCCAGACAGGACCUGGGAAACCUCAGCCACAGACUUCUUCAUCUGCAGCCCAGAUUCCAGUGGAAGGCCCCCCUAAAACCAUCUGUCCUCUUUGCAAUACCACUGAAUUGCUGUUGCACGUUCCCGAAAAGGCCAAUUUUAACACAUGUACUGGAUGUAAAACCACUGUGUGUAGCCUCUGUGGUUUUAACCCCAAUCCUCAUAUAACUGAGGUGAAAGAGUGGCUCUGUUUAAACUGUCAGAUGCAAAGAGCUCUAGGAGGUGACCUGACUCCAAUUCCAUCAUCACCCCAGCCCAAACCGAAGAUAGCCCCAGUUACCCCUGCAUCCUUGGUGAGCAAACCAUCUCCACAGUCACAGCAGAUUUCUCCAAAGAAGGAUACUGCACCAAAGCAGGAUAUCUCAAAGGCACCUGAGUCUAAAAAGCCCCCACCACUAGUAAAGCAACCAACCCUUCAUGGUUCUCCCCCAACCCUGGCCAAGCAGCCUCCUGUGGCAGAGCCCUCAUCUAAGCCAGCCCCUCCCAAAGAGGCCUCUGUCCCAUCUGAGCAGGUCAAGGUCUCCAUGGCUGACGAUGAAAUAAAACAGCCCAAGACAGCAAAGUCAGCCACAGACAUUGUGUCUUCUUCGUCAACAGCAACAAGACCUGAUAUUCCAAGCUCCAAAGUACAAUCGCAGGAUCAAGAGAAAACCCCUGCUCCUCUAAAACCAGACUCUGCCAAACCUUCACAGAGUUUUCCACCAACAGGAGAAAAAGUUACCCCAUUUGAUUCUAAAGUCAUACCUCGACCUGCAUCAGAUUCAAAAAUUAUUUCACAUCCUGGACCUAGUAUGGAGAGCAAAGGUCAGAAACAAGUUGAUCCAGUUCAAAAGAAGGAAGAACCCAAGAAAGCACAAACCAAAAUUGGUCCUAAGCCAGAUGCCAAGCCCAUGCCAAAAGGGUCACCGACACCUCCGGGCCCCCGACCUACCAUUAGCCAAACUGCCCCCCCAUCUCAACAGCCACCAAAGCCUCAGGAGCAGUCAAGACGUUUUAGUCUGAAUCUAGGAGGUAUUACUGAUGCUCCUAAAUCACAGCCCACCACUCCUCAGGAAACUGUGACUGGGAAACUCUUUGGGUUUGGAGCAUCAAUCUUUAGCCAGGCAUCAACUCUAAUCUCUACAGCAGGCCAGCCUGGAUCUCAUUCACAAAGUGGGCCAGGAGGCCCAGCAAAACAAGUCUCUUCUCCUUCCCAACCACCUCCUUCUCAGGGGCCACCCAAAUCUACCAGUCAGGCACCUCCAGCACCUGCAAAAGCUGUACCUGUGAAAAAAGAAACAAAAGCUCCAGGAGCUGAAAAGUUAGAGCCCAAAGCUGAACAAGUUCUGUCAGGAAAAAGAACAGAAACAGAAAAGAAGCCCCUGCCAGUUAAGGAUAGCAAACCUUCGACAGCUGAGCCUCAAAAGGCUGCCCUGCCCCCGAAACUAGAGAAAACCCCCAAACCAGAAUCAGCCUGUCCUCUCUGCAAAACCGAACUUAACAUAGGUUCUAAGGAUCCUCCCAACUUCAACACUUGCACUGAAUGCAAGAAUCAAGUGUGUAACCUCUGUGGAUUUAACCCUACUCCGCACCUGACUGAGAUUCAAGAAUGGCUUUGUUUAAAUUGCCAGACCCAGAGAGCAAUAUCAGGACAGCUUGGAGACAUAGACAAAAUGCCUCCUAUACCAUCAGGACCAAAAACCUCUCCUAUACCUGUCUCUACAGAACAAUCACCUCAGAAAACAGCAAUACCUGGUCAAGUAAAAGUUAAAAAGAAGGAACAAGAAGUAAAAACAAAAGGUGAAAAAAUCGUUCCAGAAAAAGUAAAAGAAACACCUUCCAUUGAAAAAAUGUCCCCUAAGGUAACCACCGAUCAAAAACAAGAUGAGAGUAAACAAGAAAAAGUCAAAGCUUUAGCCCCUCAAGAAAAAAAGGCAAUCUCUGAAGAAAAAAAGCCACUUUCUGAAGAAAAAAAGCCAACCACUGAAGAAAAACGACCACCUCCUGAGGAAAAAAGGCCACCUCCUACAGACAAAAAGCCACCCCUUGGAGAAAAAAGGCCACCUUCUGAAGAAAAAAAGCCACCUCUUGAAGAAAAAAGACCACCUCCUGAGGAAAAAAGGCCACCUCCUGGAGACAAAAAGCCACCCCUUGGAGAAAAAAGGCCACCUUCUGAAGAAAAAAAGGCACCUCCUGAAGAAAAAAGGCCACCUCCUGAAGAAAAAAAGCCACCUCUUGAAGAAAAAAGGCCACCUCUUGAAGACAAAAAGCCACCUCCUGAAGAAAAAAGGCCACCUCCUGAAGAAAAAAGGCCACCUCCUGAAGAAAAAAAGCCACCUCUUGAAAUAAAAAAGCCAGCUCCUAAAGACCAAAUGCCAACCCCUCAAGAAAAAAAGUUUCCCCCAGGAGCAAAAACAUUAGCUCUAGAGGAGGAACAGAAACAUGAGUUACUUAAAACUCAAGUACAAAUCAAUGAAGAAAUGCUUGAAGGCAGAAUGGCUCCACAGGCAACCCAGGAAAAGAAACCAUCACAGAUGGAGAGGGAGGACUUAGCAUCUGGAAUGUUUCAGACUCUGCCUGAGGAAGAUGAUGGGAAAACUGAAAAAAUAAAAGAUCAGCCACAGGCAGUUGGCACAGCAAAGCCUGAUCAGGUGGAACCUGGGAAAGAAAAAACAGAAAAGGAAGAUGACAAAUCAGACACAUCAAGUUCUCAACAGCCCAAAAGCCCACAAGGUCUGAGUGACACAGGAUAUUCUUCUGAUGGCAUAUCAGGUUCACUUGGUGAAAUUCCAAGUCUUAUUCCAAGUGAUGAAAAGGAUUUGCUGAAGGGACUCAAGAAGGACUCUUUUUUACAAGAAAGCAGCCUCUCCAGCUCCUCAGAUUUGGCUAAGUUAGAAAGUACUGUCCUCUCCAUUUUGGAAGCCCAGGCAAGUACACUUGUUGAAGACAAGUCAGGAAAGAAAACACAACCUCAAGUGGUUUCUCCUGAACCACCUAAGGAUGAGCAUAAAACUCAGAGUUUAACUGAAACACUAGAAACUAUAAUUUCGGAAGAGAAGCUCAAAGAGAGUCAAGAAGAAAAAGAUGAAUUUAUGAAAGAUGGCCAAAAAGAUUCUGCUUCCAGAAAGGACCACAAAGAAAAGUCUGAGUUUUUUGAUGACAUAGCUACAAGAAGACAGCCUUAUGAUUCAGUUGAAGACAGUAGUGAAAGUGAAAACUCACCUGUUCCACAAAGAAAACGGAGAACUAGUAUUGGUUCAUCAAGCAGUGAUGAGUACAAACAGGAAGAUAGUCAAGAAUCAGGUGAAGAGGAGGACUUUAUUCGCAAACAAAUCAUAGAAAUGAGUGCUGAUGAAGAUGCUUCAGGUUCUGAAGAUGAUGAGUUCAUUAGGGACCAGCUCAAAGAGAUCAGUAGUGCUAUUGAGAGCCAAAAGAAGGAAGAAACAAAGGGGAAAGGGAAAGUAACAUCAGGGAAACACAAGCGACUGACUCGAAAAAGUAGCACAAGCUUUGAUGAUGAUGCAGGGAGACGCCAUUCAUGGCAUGAUGAAGAUGAUGAGACAUUUGAUGAAAGUCCUGAAAUUAAAUACAGAGAAACUAAAAGUCAGGAGAGUGAAGAACUUGUAGUUGCUGGCGGCGGAGGGCUACGUCGAUUUAAAACAAUUGAACUCAACAGCACGAUAGCAGAUAAAUACUCUACAGAGUCAUCACAGAAAAAAACAGUAUUGUAUUUUGAUGAAGAGCCAGAAUUAGAAAUGGAAAGCCUGACAGACUCACCAGAAGAUAGGUCAAGAGGGGAAGGAUCUUCAAGUCUUCAUGCUUCCAGCUUCACUCCAGGCACAUCCCCUACAUCAGUGUCAUCACUUGAUGAGGACAGUGACAGUAGCCCAAGUCACAAAAAAGGAGAGAGCAAACAGCAACGCAAAGCUCGGCACAGAUCACAUGGUCCUCUUUUACCCACUAUUGAAGAUUCUUCAGAGGAAGAAGAAUUGAGAGAGGAAGAGGAAUUAUUGAAGGAGCAAGAAAAGCAGCGGGAAUUAGAACAGCAACAAAGAAAGAGUUCUAGUAAAAAAUCAAAGAAAGACAAAGAUGAGCUUCGGGCUCAGAGAAGGAGGGAAAGACCAAAGACACCCCCCAGUAAUCUCUCUCCCAUUGAAGAUGCAUCUCCAACAGAAGAAUUGCGUCAGGCUGCGGAAAUGGAGGAGCUUCAUCGAUCUUCUUGUUCUGAAUAUUCACCUAGCAUAGAGUCAGAUCCAGAAGGUUUUGAAAUAAGCCCAGAAAAAAUCAUAGAAGUGCAAAAAGUUUAUAAAUUGCCCACAGCUGUGUCUUUAUACUCACCAACAGAUGAGCAUUCUAUUAUGCAGAAAGAUGGUGGCCAAAAGGUAUUAAAAAGUGCUGAGGAGAUAUAUGAAGAAAUGAUGCAUAAAACCCACAAAUAUAAAGCUUUUCCAGCUGCAAAUGAACGAGAUGAAAUAUUUGAAAAGGAGCCUUUGUAUGGUGGGAUGCUAAUAGAAGAUUACAUUUAUGAAUCUUUAGUAGAGGACACAUUCACUAGUUCAGUUGAUGGCAGCCUGCUAACAAGGCAAGAAGAUGAAAAUGGGUUUAUGCAGCAGGGAGGGAGAGAGCAAAAAAUAAGACUUCCAGAACAGAUUUAUGAUGAUCCUAUGCAGCAAAUUACAGACCUCCAGAAAGAGUUUUAUGAAUUAGAAAGCUUACACUCUGUUGUGCCUCAAGAAGACAUUGUUUCAAGCUCUUAUAUUAUCCCAGAAAGCCAUGAGAUAGUGGAUCUGGGUAGUAUGGUAACUUCAACCAGUGAAGAAAAAAAAUUACUAGAUGCUGACGCUGCCUAUGAAGAACUCAUGAAGAGGCAACAGAUGCAGUUAACACCUGAAUCCAGUGAACCUCAGCCCCCCAUCAGGGAUGACCUGACAGAAUCUAUUAUGGACUUUGAUAGGUUGCCCGAUGCAUCUUUGACAUCAAGUAUUCUUUCGGGAGCAUCUCUUACAGAUUCAACUAGCAGUGCAACACUCUCUAUUCCAGAUGUUAAAAUAACCCAACAUUUUUCAACAGAGGAAAUUGAAGAUGAAUAUGUAACUGAUUAUACAAGAGAAAUUCAAGAGAUAAUUGCCCAUGAAUCAUUUAUUUUGACAUACUCUGAGCCUUCAGAAAGUGCUACAACUUUUCCACCCUCUGACACACCUUCCCUCACAUCAUCUGUUUCUUCAGUUUGUACCACAGAUAGCUCCUCACCCAUUACCACCCUUGAUAGCAUAACCACAGCUUAUACAGAACCAGUAGACAUAGUAACUAAGUUUGAAGAUUCUGAGAUUUCUUCAUCAACAUAUUUUCCAGGCAGCAUUAUAGACUAUCCAGAAGAAAUAAAUAUAUCUUUAGAUCAGACUACCACACCAGAUGGUAGAACUAGUGCUGAUCAUAUUGAGAUUUCCUUAUCUGAUAUGCCACCUUCUGUCUUAGAAUCUGAAGAAACUAAACCCAAGGGACUACUUGCUGAUACCGUUUCUACUGACUUACCUAUACCUGAAAAAGACCCAGUGAAAAAAGCCAAGAAGGAAACUGGGAAUGGAAUUAUUCUGGAAGUUUUGGAAGCUUACAGAGAUAAAAGGAAGGAGUCAGAGGUUGAACUAACAAAACUUAGCUUAUCUGAAGCUGUGUUUGAUCAACCACCUUCUGGAAUAGUUCUUCCGAUGAAGGAGGAAAUCUCAACUGCAUGCCUUAUGUCCGGAGAAGUCUUUGGUAAAGCAAAACCUGAAUCUCAGUUUCCAUCUGGCAGUCCUUCUGUUUCCUCUCUUCCUACUAGUACACGUGUAUUCUUACGCAGUUCUUCUUUGGACACAUCAGCUCAACCUCCUCCCCCUCCUCCGCCUCCACCACCUCCUCCUCCACCUCCACCUCCUCCUCCUCCCCCACCCCUUCCUCCACCAACCUCACCUAAACCCCCUAUUCAUCCUAAAAAAAAGGUAACAGUUACAGCUCCAGUGACUCUAACUAUGACAGCUAUACCUCUAGUUGACAAUGUUACUACUGUAGAGACCACAGCUGUUCCAAGGAGUAGUGGGUUUCCAGUAACAAAAAUAUAUACCACUGCACCUCCACCUGUUCCUCCUAAGCCAUCUUCAAUUCCAUCUGGACUUGUAUUUACACAUAGACCUGAGCCAAGCAAACCUCCCAUUGCUCCUAAACCCGCAGUUCCUCAGCUUCCAGUAACUACACAAAAACCAACAGAUACACACCCCAAACCAACAGGUCUAUCUUCAACUUCAAAUAUGACAUUAAAUUUAGUCACUACAGCAGAGUAUAAAUUGCCUUCUCCUACCUCCCCUCUUUCCCCUCACUCUAACAAGUCCUCACCAAGAUUUUCCAAAUCUCUCAUGGAAACUUAUGUGGUUAUCACAUUGCCAUCUGAACCCGGGACUCCAACAGAUACUUCAGCUAGUCAAACAAUUACUAGUUGGCCCCUGGGAUCACCCUCCAAAGAUCUGAUUGCCAUUGAACCAGUAUUUUCUGUAGUUCCUUCUGUGAAGGCUGCAGAAAUUUCACAUUCAUCAGAACAGGGCCUGUAUAUCUCAGGAGGUUUGGAGACAUUUUCUGCCAUCCCUAUCACAACACUGUCUUCAUGUCAAGCAGCUCCAAGUUCAGUUACACAGUUUCUUAAAACUGAAGUUUCUAAGGCUGAGGUUUCAGCAGCCAGAAGUACAGUCCCUACUGUUGGUCUCGGCAGUGUGUCUAUAACAAUUCCUCCAGAGCCUCUUGCUUUAGACAACCUAAACUUACAAAAGCAUCAGCGUAAAGAAAACGGAAAGUUGCAACUUAUCGGUGAUGCCAUUGAUUUGCGUACAGUACCAAAAGUGGAAAUUAAAGUAACUGAAAAGUGUAUGGAUCUUUCUGCUUCUACAAUGGAUUUGAAAAGGCAGACCGCAACAAAUGAAGCCUAUGGGAGACAAAUCAGUACUGUCCAACCCUCUAUUAUAAAUCUCAGUGCAACUUCAUCAGUGGUGACUCCAAUAUCCCUGGUCACUGAGACAGUGACUGCUGUCACGUGCACAGUUGGUGCAAGUUACACCACAGGCACAGAGGGCUUUGUGGGUGUAGGACAUGCAACAGCACCACCACUUCAGCUUACUACAUCAAAGCAUGCUGAGCUCCCAUACAGGAUACCAGGUGGCCAGUCCUUUCCUACAGUUAGGCAGGAAGCACCAAUAAAUUUAUCUUUAGGUACUUCAGCACAUGCAAUGGCACUGGCUACUACGAAGCCCGUUACUAUGCCUCCUAUUGGUGUCACAAAUGGAUGGAGUGACAGCACCAUGUCCCGGGGAAUCGCUGAUGGAGAAGUAGUGGAUCUCAGUACAACAAAGUCUCAUAGAACUGUAGUAACAAUGGAUGAAUCUACUUCAGGUGUGGUGACCAAAAUAAUAGAAGAUGAUGAAAAACCUGUUGAUCUGACUGCAGGGAGAAGAGCUGUGUGCUGUGAUAUGGUUUAUAAGUUACCUUUUGGAAGGAGCUGCACAGCACAGCAGCCUGCAACUACUCUUCCUGAGGAUCGUUUUGGUUAUAGGGAUGACCACUAUCAGUAUGAUCGAUCAGGGCCAUAUGGUUACAGAGGGAUUGGGGGAAUGAAACCUUCCAUGUCUGACACUAACUUAGCAGAAGCUGGACAUUUUUUCUAUAAAAGUAAGAAUGCUUUUGAUUAUUCAGGAGAAACUGAUGCAGCAGUAGAUCUAACUUCAGGGAGAAGUUCUGCAGGUGAGGUAAUGGAUUAUUCAAGCAAGACUACAGGUCCAUAUCCAGAAACACGACAAAUCAUUUCAGGAGUUGGGAUUAGUACUCCGCAGUAUUCCACAGCAAGAAUGACUCCACCUCCAGGAUCCCAGUAUGGUGUGGGAAGUGUUUUGAGGUCAACUAAUGGUGUUGUCUAUUCUUCAGUGGCAACUCCAAUCCCUUCCACAUUUGCUAUCACCACACAACCUGGCUCCAUUUUCAGCACCACUGUGAGGGAUCUGUCUGGUGUGCACAUGACUGACGCCGUGACUACAUUAUCCACCUUGCACCAGAGCCAGCCAAUGCCUAGAUCAUAUUUCCUAACAACAGGUGCAUCUGAAACAGACAUUGUAGUAACUGGUAUUGAUAUCAAUGCCAGUCUGCAGACUAUUACUAUGGAAACUCUUACUGCUGAGACAAUAGAUUCAGUUCCCACGUUAACCACAGCGUCUGAAGUGUUUUCUGAAGUGGUGGGAGAUGAAAGUGCUAUUUUAAUUGUCCCUGAAGAAGAUAAACAACAACAGCAGCUAGACUUGGAACGUGAGCUGUUGGAACUGGAAAAAAUUAAGCAACAGCGUUUUGCUGAGGAGUUGGAGUGGGAACGUCAGGAAAUUCAAAGGUUCCGAGAACAAGAAAAGAUCAUGGUUCAAAAAAAGCUAGAGGAACUGCAGUCUAUGAAGCAGCACCUUCUCUAUCAGCAGGAAGAAGAGCGUCAAGCCCAGUUCAUGAUGAGGCAGGAGACAUUAGCUCAGCAACAGUUACAGCUGGAGCAGAUCCAGCAGCUGCAGCAACAGCUUCACCAGCAGCUAGAGGAGCAAAAGAUUCGCCAGAUCUACCAGUAUAACUAUGAUCCUUCUGGAACUGCCUCUCCACAAACAACGACAGAGCAGGCAAUAUUGGAAGGUCAGUAUGCUGCCCCAGAAGGCAGUCAGUUUUGGGCAGCUGAAGAUGCAACCACUACGGCCUCAGCUGUUGUGGCAAUUGAAAUACCACAAAGCCAAGGAUGGUAUACGGUUCAGUCUGAUGGCGUUACUCAGUACAUUGCCCCACCUGGCAUCCUGAGUACAGUUUCAGAAAUACCUUUAACAGAUGUCGUUGUAAAAGAUGAAAAACAACCCAAAAAGAAAAGUUCUGGAGCUAAAGCCCGUGGACAGUAUGAUGAGGUAGGGGAAAAUAUGGCAGAUGAUCCCCGCUCUUUUAAAAAGAUAGUAGACAGUGGUGUACAAACUGAUGAUGAAGAUGCAGCAGAUCGAAGUUACUCGAGUAGGAGAAGGAAAACUAAAAAGAGUGUUGAUACAAGUGUCCAAACUGAUGAUGAAGAUCAGGAUGAAUGGGAUAUGCCUACUAGAUCAAGGAGAAAAGCUCGUGUGGCAAAAUAUGCUGACAGCACUCCAGAGGCUGAGAAGACCAAACCUCUGUCCAAAGUCUCCAGUAUAGCAGUGCAAACAGUGGCAGAGAUAUCUGUGCAAACUGAACCGGUCGGGACCAUACGAACACCUUCGAUACGUGCACGCGUGGAUGCCAAGGUAGAAAUAAUUAAACACAUUUCAGCACCUGAAAAGACUUACAAAGGGGGCAGUUUAGGAUGUCAAACAGAAGCAGAUUCAGACACACAGAGUCCUCAGUAUCUGAGUGCUACAUCUCCACCCAAAGACAAGAAACGCCCAACACCUUUAGAGAUUGGUUAUUCAUCUCACCUUCGGGCAGAUUCCACAGUACAGCUGGCUCCUUCCCCACCCAAAUCUCCAAAAGUCCUUUAUUCACCCAUCUCACCACUUUCACCAGGCAAAGCCUUAGAAUCAGCCUUUGUACCUUAUGAAAAACCCCUCCCCGAUGAUGUAAGUCCACAGAAAGUACUGCAUCCAGAUAUGGCUAAAGUUCCCCCAGCGAGUCCUAAGACAGCCAAGAUGAUGCAGCGGUCCAUGUCUGACCCCAAGCCUCUGAGUCCAACAGCAGAUGAAAAUUCCAGGGCUCCUUUUCAGUAUACCGAGGGCUACACGACAAAAGGUUCUCAAACCAUAACACCCUCUGGCAACCAGAAAAAAGUUAAGAGAACUCUUCCAAACCCACCUCCUGAGGAGACCUCAACAGGAACUCAGUCGACUUACAGCACAAUGGGCACUGUUUCUAGAAGAAGGAUCUGCAGAACCAACACAAUGGCACGAGCCAAGAUUCUCCAGGAUAUAGACAGAGAACUUGAUCUUGUAGAGAGGGAAUCUGCAAAACUUAGAAAGAAACAAGCAGAACUUGAUGAGGAGGAAAAGGAGAUUGACGCCAAGUUACGGUACCUGGAAAUGGGAAUUAACAGGAGGAAAGAGGCAUUGUUAAAGGAGAGAGAAAAGAGAGAGCGAGCCUACCUCCAGGGAGUAGCUGAGGAUAGGGAUUACAUGUCUGACAGUGAGGUGAGCAGCACCAGACCAACCCGAAUAGAAAGUCAGCAUGGAAUAGAGCGACCCAGAACUGCUCCGCAAACAGAAUUCAGCCAGUUUAUCCCCCCGCAGACCCAAACAGAAUCUCAACUGGCUCCUCCCACAAGUCCUUAUACACAGUACCAAUACUCUUCCCCUGCUCUUCCUACCCAAGCACCUACCCCAUACACCCAACAAUCCCAUUUUGAGCAACAAACUCUGUACCACCAGCAGGUUUCACCUUAUCAGACCCAGCCAACGUUCCAAGCUGUGGCAACAAUGUCCUUCACACCUCAGGCUCAACCUACGCCAACCCCACAACCUUCUUAUCAGUUACCAUCACAGAUGAUGGUGAUACAACAAAAGCCACGGCAAACUACAUUAUAUUUGGAGCCCAAGAUAACUUCAAACUAUGAGGUGAUUCGCAACCAACCCCUGAUGAUAGCACCUGUUUCUACUGAUAAUACAUAUGCUGUUUCCCAUCUUGGUAGUAAAUACAAUAGCUUAGACUUGAGAAUAGGUUUGGAGGAGAGGAGUAGCAUGGCGAGCAGUCCGAUAUCAAGCAUAUCUGCAGAUUCUUUUUAUGCAGAUAUUGACCAUCAUACUUCACGAAAUUUUGUCCUAAUUGAUGACAUUGGAGAGAUUACCAAAGGAACAGCAGCAUUAACCACUGCAUUUAGUCUUCAUGAAAAGGAUCUGUCAAAAACAGACCGUCUCCUUAGGACCACCGAAACACGGAGGUCUCAAGAAGUGACAGAUUUCCUAGCACCAUUACAGACUUCCUCCAGAUUGCACAGUUAUGUGAAAGCAGAGGAUGAUCCAAUGGAGGACCCUUAUGAGUUAAAGCUUCUGAAACAUCAGAUUAAACAAGAAUUCCGAAGAGGGGCAGAGAGCUUAGAUCAUCUUGCUGGUCUUUCCCAUUAUUACCAUGCUGAUACUAGCUACAGACAUUUUCCAAAAUCUGAAAAGUACAGCAUUAGUAGACUCACACUUGAAAAACAAGCAGCAAAACAACUACCAGCAGCCAUACUUUAUCAAAAGCAGUCAAAGCAUAAGAAAUCACUGAUUGACCCUAAAAUGUCAAAAUUUUCACCUAUUCAAGAAAGUAGAGACCUUGAACCUGAUUAUUCAAGCUAUAUGACUUCUAGCACUUCAUCUAUUGGUGGAAUUUCUUCCAGAGCAAGACUUCUUCAAGAUGAUAUCACUUUUGGCCUCAGAAAAAAUAUUACUGACCAACAAAAAUUUAUGGGAUCAUCUCUUGGCACAGGACUGGGCACCUUAGGAAAUACCAUACGGUCAGCUCUGCAGGAUGAAGCAGAUAAGCCAUACAGUAGUGGGAGCAGGUCCAGACCUUCUUCCAGACCUUCUUCUGUUUAUGGACUUGAUUUGUCAAUCAAAAGAGAUUCUUCCAGCUCUUCCCUAAGACUGAAAGCUCAAGAGGCCGAAGCUCUAGAUGUUUCCUUUGGUCAUGCAUCACCCUCUGGCAGAACUAAGCCUACCAGUUUGCCUAUUAGCCAGAGUAGAGGAAGAAUACCAAUUGUGGCCCAGAAUUCUGAAGAAGAAAGUCCACUCAGCCCUGUUGGCCAGCCAAUGGGAAUGGCGAGGGCUGCAGCUGGACCGCUGCCACCAAUAUCUGCAGACACCAGAGAUCAGUUUGGAUCCAGUCACUCACUGCCUGAAGUUCAGCAACACAUGAGAGAAGAAUCACGGACUCGAGGCUAUGACCGUGACAUAGCAUUCAUCAUGGAUGACUUCCAACAUGCCAUGUCAGACAGUGAAGCUUAUCACCUACGCCGUGAAGAAACAGAUUGGUUUGACAAACCCAGGGACUCUCGUUUGGAAAAUGGACAUGGUCUGGACCGAAAACUGCCAGAAAGAUUGGUGCACUCUAGACCACUCAGUCAACAUCAAGAGCAGAUCAUACAGAUGAAUGGGAAGACUGUGCACUACAUCUUUCCUCAUGCAAGGAUAAAAAUAACGAGAGACUCUAAGGAUCACACAGUUUCAGGUAAUGGAUUAGGAAUUAGAAUUGUGGGUGGUAAAGAAAUCCCUGGACAUAGCGGAGAAAUUGGAGCCUAUAUCGCCAAGAUUCUUCCUGGGGGAAGUGCAGAACAGACAGGGAGACUUAUGGAAGGGAUGCAAGUACUGGAAUGGAAUGGAGUUCCUUUAACUUCCAAAACGUAUGAAGAAGUGCAGAGUAUCAUUAGUCAGCAAAGUGGGGAAGCAGAAAUAUGUGUAAGACUGGACCUCAAUAUGCUAUCAGAUUCUGAAAAUCCCCAGCAUCUAGAACUUCAUGAACCACCAAAAUCUGUGGAUAAAGCAAAGUCCCCAGGGGUUGAUCCUAAGCAGUUGGCAGCAGAGCUCCAGAAGGUUUCGCUACAGCAGUCACCACUGGUUCUGUCUUCUGUCGUUGAAAAAGGAUCUCAUGUGCAUUCAGGUCCUACAUCAGCAGGAUCCAGUUCUGUUCCCAGCCCUGGGCAACCAGGGUCACCCUCGGUGAGCAAAAAGAAACACAGCAGCAGCAAGCCUACUGAUGCAACAAAGGUUGUCUCUCAUCCAAUUACGGGGGAAAUUCAGCUGCAAAUCAAUUAUGAUCUUGGAAAUCUCAUAAUACAUAUUCUCCAAGCAAGAAACCUAGUCCCUCGAGACAACAAUGGUUAUUCUGACCCCUUUGUUAAAGUGUAUCUUCUUCCAGGGAGAGGUCAAGUCAUGGUUGUCCAGAACGCAAGUGCUGAGUACAAGAGAAGGACUAAAUAUGUUCAGAAAAGUCUUAAUCCUGAGUGGAAUCAAACAGUAAUUUAUAAAAGUAUCUCCAUGGAACAGCUCAAGAAGAAAACACUGGAGGUGACAGUGUGGGAUUAUGAUAGAUUUUCUUCCAAUGACUUUCUUGGUGAGGUAUUGAUUGAUUUAUCUAGCACAUCUCACCUCGAUAACACUCCUAGGUGGUAUCCUCUCAAAGAGCAGACAGAAAGCAUCGACCACGGCAAGUCCCACUCCAUUCAGAGCAGCCAGCAGUCCCCGAAGCCCUCCGUCAUCAAAAGCAGGAGCCAUGGGAUCUUCCCUGACCCAGCCAAGGACAUGCAGGUUCCCACCAUUGAGAAAUCCCAUAGUAGUCCCGGUAGCUCGAAAUCCUCAUCUGAAGGCCAUCUCCGCUCUCAUGGACCAUCUCGCAGCCAAAGCAAAACCAGCGUCACUCAGACCCACCUGGAAGACGCAGGGGCUGCUAUAGCCGCUGCUGAAGCUGCUGUGCAACAACUCCGCCUUCAACCAACAGCACAUAAAAGCGGUCAGUCUAAUCAUGCCAGGAAGCAGCACAGACACAGCAUAGCAGGAGUCCUCCCCAUUCAAAGAACUCAGUCUGAUAAUCUGCCUCCACCAGCCAAUGGCAACCAAGACCAAAGCCAGCUAGCCCUCAGGAAGGUGAUGUCUGAUGGACCAGUCAAGACAGAAGGAGCAAAGCCUACCAAUCACCGGCCUGCAGAAAGCUCCGUGUCCACCGGCUCCUCGGGCAGCAGCUUUGGCAGUGGGUAUAGCGUGGACAGUGAAGGAAGCAGCAGCACUGCAGGGGAGACUAAUCUAUUUCCUAUUCCAAGGAUAGGGAAGAUGGGGCAGAACGGGCAAGAGCCUGUGAAACAGCCAGGAGUAGGAGUGGGACUGGCAGACGCGGAAGUUAAAACUCAGGUAAUGGGAGAAAUCAAGGUUGCGCUGAAGAAAGAAAUGAAGACAGAUGGUGAACAACUGAUAGUUGAAAUUCUCCAGUGCAGAAAUAUCACCUAUAAAUUUAAAUCUCCUGAUCAUCUACCGGAUUUAUAUGUGAAAAUAUAUGUGAUGAACAUCUCUACCCAAAAAAAGGUAAUCAAGAAAAAAACAAGAGUAUGUAGACAUGACCGAGAGCCUUCAUUCAAUGAAACUUUUAGAUUCAGCCUAAGUCCUGCUGGACAUUCUCUGCAGAUUUUACUUUUCUCCAAUGGAGGGAAAUUUAUGAAAAAGACCUUGAUUGGUGAAGCCUGUAUCUGGCUUGACAAAGUGGAUCUCAGAAAAAGAAUAGUCAACUGGCACAAACUUUUGGUCAGUCCUACUCAAACCCACUGAAGUGUGUCUGCUCAGAGUGGAGCAACUGCACUACGUGAUCUCAAAUGAACACUAUAGUUGGAUACUAUUGUACUAAGCUGUGUUUUCUGGGAUGAACCUGAGAGGAGGAACAACGGGCAAAAAUAUACUUAAAGCCUUGUGAAUGUGUUGUGGAACCCAGAAACAAACACAAAUGAACAAGUUUCAUGUAUCGAAGGCCCCCCCGCCCCACCAAAAAAAAAAGGAACUCUGAGACCUUGGAUUUCUUGCAGCUGUCAAGACAAUAUCACAGUGAGAAAAAUGUUGAUUACUCAAUGCAAAAAUCUUUGAACAGAGUUGAGAGAGCUAAAGGCAGAGUGCAAAGAUUAAAAUGGUUUCUAAUGCAAACAAAAGUAAUCCAUUAUGCGAAAAGGAACUUGGUCAAAAGGAAAGAACUGAUGUAACAAAUCUGUUUUCGAAAGUUCAAAAUCUUUUUUCUUCAUCUUAUCUUCUCAGACAACUUACUAUUUUGAGAUUCUUACCUACAAUACACCUACAAUAUGUGUCCACGGCUAGAAGUAAAGUAGCGUGGUCAUAGGAAGAAGAAAACUGAAAGUGUAGAAAUUAUGGCUUUUAGACCACACUGUACAGAUUUUCACUGUGUAAAUGUUACAAGUGUGAACGACACUAAUUUUGAAAUCCAUGUUGUAAAAGCACAUUUGUACAAUUUGAAAUAAUGUAGAAUGAAGAUAAUACUAAGUAGAAAUGGUAUUACAUUUAUGUAGAAAUAAAGCCAGGAUGGUAAAGACAAUAUUGCACCACAAAAUAUUGGAACCCUGGUUGAAAACGAAAUCUUCAUAACUUACCCUUAUACCAAGACAUUUGCAAUCUACAUACCAAAGGACACAGAUUAAAUUGGUAUGUUCUAGCAGGCAUGGUAAUUCUUUCUUUGUGGAAUUGCAAAUGAAUGUAUUAUCCCACAUAUUUCAUUUCUUUUAAAUGAUAUAUUGACGGAGUGAAAAUUCUUCCUCUGGCAAACAAGUCAUAGUAAUCCGUGGCAUUCAUUAAUUAAACCGGUGUCAUUUUCUGCUCUUUUAUCAUUGUUUGCCUUAGCACAUUGAUUGGUUGUUUAGUGAAAACCCUGACACCACUCAAAUUCUCUGCUCCAUUUUCCGCCUUUAGUGACAAUAUCACAGUGAUCAGGUUCAUCCAUGUUGGGAAAAUAUGGGAAAAGUCGACAUCAUAUUGAGAUUAAAAUAAAAUUUGCACUAUUUUAACUGUAUAAAGUAAAAGGACCAAUGUCUAAGUCAUUAAAAUGAGGCAUCCUCCUGUCCAUCAACCCACAUUAACAAAGGAAGUAACAAGGAAUGGCAGGAAGCACACUCAACUGUGAUGAGCAAGCCUGGCUUUGGGUCUUGGUUCUGCCACUGGCUAACUGUGUCUCCUUCACAUGUCACUUAAACUCAUGUUCCCCAGUGUUCUUAUUUGUAGGAUAAAAAUGUUAUAUAUUCCUAGCCUUCCUAAUGGGAUAUUGGGUGAUCAAACUAAUUGAUCUAUGAGAGAAAAUGAAAGCACAUUUCCAAGUAUAGUUUUAUACACAUAAAUGAAGAAUUAUUACACAGUUCUUUUAUUUUUUGAAUUUUAUAUGCAAAAAAAGCAUACUGCUAACCAGUGGCACAUAUUAACAUAGAUAAGAGCAGUAUAUUAGCUCCAAAACUCAUUUUUCUUUAAAAUAUAAAUUUUCAUUCAACCUGAAAAAAAAUACAUGAAAAUUGUUUUACAAUUCGAUUAUUAUAAAUUAAAUAAAUUAUACUGAUUUUAUCCUAUUCCCAUAUGCUACCCCCCCCCCCAAAAAAAUUAAAUGCUACUCAGAGCAUUCAGAACUGAAGACCUACUUCUUUAUUGAAGGGUGAGAUUUUAAUAGGUUUAGAGAAAUCAUCUCUAAAUAUAUUGCUUGGAUAUUGAACUUCCUCAUUUUUAAAGAAAAACAUACUUUAAUUUUGAGGGGAAUUGAUUAAAUGUAACACAUUGAAAGUUUAAAAAAAUACUAAUAAGUUUCGGGUUGUAUAUCUUUAUUAUACUCAUGAAAAAAUACAAAUUCACUCUUCCUCUAAGGAAGGUAAUAGUCAUUUAUUCUUCCUUUUAUUUUUCAUUCUUCCUGCCCUGACAAUGCAGUGUCGUUUACCAUUGAUAUUUCUUUAAAAUGAGCAUGCAGGGAAGGGAUCCCUAAAGAUGUGAUAGUGCUAGGACUUUAUUUUUAGAGACAACUAUAUCUGUUAAUGGUUGCCAUGGAUAUUUCCAGAAAAAGUCAGCAUUUUAGGAAGUUGAUAAUCAUCACUCGUAACUGGAGAAGAAAAGGGUUCAGAAAAAAUCUCCUGACAUAAAAAGGCUCUACUAUUUUCCCAUAAAAGGGAACUCUGGCCUACCUUUGGUCUCUUUUGCAGCUACUUACAUCCAGAGGUAUGCAUGAGAGGUUGUAUAACCAGUUCGUUUACUUUAUUCCAGUUGUAAUUUCUUUUAGAAUAAUUCAACUGAAGGUGCCACCAAAACAAAGAUCACCCCUGGGUAGCUAUUUGACCUGUAAGAGUAGGAGUCUUUCCACUUUAGGUGCUCCUCUGUUCCAAGAAACUGGUGGUGAGGCCAGGUCCAUCAGGAGAGCCAACAACAGGGCUUCUUUUUGCUCACCAGCAUCCCACUUAAGAGAACACGAGAUCCUGCCAAAGUGCUCCAAGAGUGCAGCUACCCAAUCUCCUGGCUUGUACUGGAAUUAUUCUAUGCAACACCAAUCCUUACGUGAAUGCAUUUAUGAAUGAUGUUGGUAACCCUUCUAAAAACAAAACUAUUUCUUUUUUAAUUGCAAAUAGGGAUCUUGGUGUUUUUUACUUUUUUGUAUAUAUCACAACACAUGAUUUUCCACUUUUUAUUUUAUUUUAUUGGAAUUAGUUUUUUUAAACCUAAUAGUGACAAAGUUUGUAAUCUCUUAAUAACAUGUGAUUAGUCCAUUUACAGCUCUUAUAUCUUGAAAAACAUCUUAAUUUUCCCCACAGUUUCGUUGAGUCAUCAGAGACUGAAGUUGCUUCUUGGUUUAAAAUUUGGUCCUAAACACCUUUUAGCCGUAGAACCAAAAGCACAGAAAGAAUUUUCACAAAGGACAGGGAUUUACAGAAUGGUUGUUGCAGACUUAAACAUUAGUUGCAAAAAGUUUUUUUCCCUGUUAUUACUUAAGAUAAAGGAGACUUUUGGUGACUCUGAAUUUUUUAUUUACCAUUUCAGUUUAAAAGAACAGUAUCCAUGACAAAGGGGCAGUGAUCACUUUGCUCCUUAAUAUUGCCCAUAUUGUAAUUACUCACACUACUAAAUGCAUAUUUUCAACCUAUUCAUGGAAUUAAUUUUGUGGAUCACACACAUUCAAAUAGCUAUAUUGUGGGACUAUUAUAGCUGGUAACCAGCUGAAACUGAUUCUUAUUAUAGGAACAGUUGUGAUGAUAGUGGUGAUAGCCGUAGUGACACUAGGCUGGUGGUGAUGUGAAGUAAAUUAAAAUUAUAUACUAUAUUGUGCCCAAUUUAUUAGAAAUUAUUUGAUCAAUGUUUCAUUUCAUUAAGAUAUCAUAAAGAUAUUUAUAGUAUUUUUUUACUUUGUUAUUUAAAUCAUAACUAAUAAUAUUUUUAAAAGCUUAUUUUCAUUGCUACAAUGUCUAAUAUUCCAAAAGCAGACGACUACAGCUAUAUAUGUUUAUAACUCUAAGUAUGACGGAGUGAUGUUCCCUCUUUUGAGCUUGAGAUGGAAGUGAAAGUUCAAUGAAUAAUUAUGAGCUGUCUCUUUAAUAAUUACUUGCCUUUGAUGUAAUACAAGAAUGAAUGAGUGAAGUAGAUUUUCUCAUUGAAUAUGACACAUUGAUAUGUUCUGUAUGUUCCGUGUUGUUGUUGUUGUUAAAGAUACCCAUUAAAUCAAAUGAUUCCUUAUCUGAUAGGUAGAUUGAGAGCAUUUUCUUAAUUCAUUACCCUGUAUAUAACUAUACAUUUGGUGAAAUAGACAAAGUUGAAGUAUUGAUUUCAUUUGGCAUUCAGCAUGUGAAUAUGAUUAUUGUUUGAUUGUGUCUAUAUAUUUGUUGGUGAUGUGCUCAGGUGCCCCCACUACCGAUUAAUGUGUGUGCUGAUAUCCUAACAAAAACACAUCUGAUGUUAAAGGAAAAAAUCAUUCUUAUCUGAGAAAAUAAAACCUAAUAAAAUUGGUUUCAAAAUACUUGGAAAUAUGUCUCGUUUCAAACUAUAUGUUGCAUGCCGUGUUGGUGAUCUGCUGAUGUGUUCUUUUCUGUUCUACUGAAAUCUCUCUGGAAAAUCUGAUGGACAAACACAAAUUUUGGGGCUAAGGGUUAUAAAAACUGAACUGAAAUACAUGAGAAUUGAA